AUGCCUGGAAACGCCGGUUAUUACACGAACGACAAAGAAAAAUGUCCAGAAAAUGUUCGUUUUGUGGGAAAAGAGAAAUUUCCGAAAAAAAUUCUCGUUUGGAUUGCAUUAUCUGAGCGUGGAAUGUCGAAACCACUCUUCCGGUCGUCAACCUCGGCUGCAAUAAAAUCCGAAAUUUAUAUCAAAGAAUGCUUAAAGGAACGAUUGUUGCCAUUCAUAGAUAAGUAUCACGAUGAUUUAAAUUACAUAUUUUGGCCGGAUUUAGCUAGUGUUCAUAGAGCUAAAGAGGCAAUAUCGUGGAUGAAUGAAAUGAUUAACUUCGUGCCGGUCGAUAUGAACCCUCCUAAUGUCCCCAAAGCCAGGCCAAUCGAAGACUUUUGGGGAGUAUUGGCUCAGAAUGUGUAUGAGGGUGGAUGGGAGGCCAAAAGUGAACAACAACUGAUUCGGCGUAUCGAAGCCUGUCUGAAAAAAAUUGAUUUGACAUUUUUACAAUUCCUUAUGAAGGGUAUCAAAAUUAAAUUGAGAUUAAUAGCCGAUCAAGGCGUUCAAUCGAUUUACAAAAAAUAA